CCAUAUUUAAUAUUCCUUAAAUUUUUCUCAAAGGAAAAAAAAAACUCAGAUAGAGCUCAUCAGUGACCCCUGGACUGCAUCCCCAGCCAUCGAACGACAACACGCAGGCGACCUUUGCGAGCGCCGCCGCGAAACCUCCUCUCCCGAGCACCGGAGCCGGUACCCCCAGUCUUUGCGCCGUCGCGAGUGAAUUUCAAGCCAACCUGCAAGCCAAGCUCCUCCAUGAUGGAAGAAACUUCUCUUAGUAGUGUGCAAGUACUUGAUCCUGUGUGCAAUGAGAUUCAGAUGGAUAGGGAUGGUUUAACGGUGGAAUUAGAUGGGCAAAAUAGUGUUUCUGAGGGUAAAAAAGAAUUUGUGGCGCCUGCUGUUGGAAUGGAGUUUGAGACAUAUGAUGAUGCCUACAAUUAUUACAAUUGCUAUGCCAAGGAAGUGGGUUUUCGUGUUCGAGUGAAAAAUUCUUGGUUCAAGCGGAAUAGCAGAGAAAAGUAUGGUGCAGUGCUUUGUUGCAGCAGCCAGGGUUUCAAGAGAAUCAAAGACGUAAAUCGUCUAAGGAAGGAAACAAGAACUGGCUGUCCUGCAAUGAUAAGGAUGAGAUUAGCUGACUCGAAAAGGUGGAGGAUACUUGAGGUUACACUUGAACACAACCACUUAUUAGGUGCCAAGAUCUACAAGUCGAUUAAGAAGAUGGGUAGUGGAGCCAAAAGGAUUUCACAAUUAACUUCUGAUGCGGAUGUACGAACGAUCAAGUUGUACAAAGCACUUGUGAUAGAUUCUGGGGAUAAUGCUACCUCAAAUUCCAAUCCAAGAGAAGCCGGGGUUUUUUCUGACCAUCCCGAUCAGCUGAACCUUAAAAAAGGUGACACACAGGCCCUUUAUAACUAUCUUUGUCGCAUGCAGUUGACUAAUCCAAACUUCUUUUACUUGAUGGAUCUCAAUGAGGAAGGGCGUUUAAGGAAUGUUUUCUGGGUUGAUGCAAGGUCUAGGGCUGCAUGUGGUUAUUUUAGUGAUGUCAUUUACUUCGACAACACAUACAUGUCAAACAAAUAUGAGAUUCCACUUGUGGCUUUUGUUGGAAUAAAUCACCAUGGCCAAUCAGUGUUGCUAGGUUGUGGCCUGCUAGCAGGUGAGACAACCGAGUCUUAUAUUUGGUUGUUCAAGGCUUGGCUAACUUGUACAUUUGGGCGCUUUCCGCAAACAAUGAUUACCGAUAGGUGUAAAACUUUGCAGAACACAAUUGCAGAGGUGUUUCCGAGAUGUCACCAUCGCUUUAGUUUGUCGCACAUCAUGAAAAAGGUUCCAGAAAAAUUGGGAGGAUUGCGCAAUUAUGAUGCCAUCAGAAAGGCAUUAAUUAAAGCAGUUUAUGAAUCUCUGAAGGUGAUUGAAUUUGAAGCAGCAUGGGGGUUUAUGAUUCAGCGUUUUGUAAUUGGAGACCAUGAAUGGCUUCGCUCUUUAUACGAAGACAGAGAACGGUGGGCUCUUGUUUAUUUGAAGGAUACAUGCUUUGCUGGAAUGGCUGCUGCACGUCCAGGUGAGGCACUGAAUCCAUUUUUCGACAAAUAUGUGCACAAACAGACUCCAUUGAAAGAAUUUCUUGACAAAUAUGAACUGGCCCUGCAAAAGAAGCACAAGGAAGAAGCCCUUGCAGAUAUAGAGUCGAGAAGCUCAAACCCCACAUUGAAAACAAGAUGUUCCUUUGAGUUGCAGCUCUCGAAAGUUUACACGAGAGAAAUAUUUCAUAAGUUCCAAUUCGAAGUAGAAGAGAUGUAUUCUUGCUUUAGCACAAUGCAGUUGCAUGUAGAUGGUCCAAUUAUAAUAUUUUUAGUCAAAGAGCGUGUCAUGGGUGAAGGAAAUAGGAGAGAGAUUAGGGAUUAUGAAGUUCUGUACAACAGAACAGCGGGCGAGGUUCGUUGCAUUUGCAGUUGCUUCAAUUUCUACGGAUAUCUCUGCCGACACGCCUUGUGUGUGCUUAACUUUAAUGGUGUGGAGGAGAUUCCUUCUAAGUAUAUCCUCUCGAGGUGGAAGAAGGAUUACAAGCGGCUGUAUAUCCUGGACCAUAGCUCCAAUACGGUUGAUGCGGGUGAUCGUGUACAAUGGUUUAAUCAAUUGUACAAGAGUGGUUUGCAAAUUGUAGAGGAGGGUGUGAUUUCUCUCGACAAUUACAAGGUUGCAUUGCAAGCAUUUGAAGAGUCAUUGAAUAGGGUUCAUGAUGUGGAAGAGAAUAUGGACGAAGUUUCUCUCAACACUGACCCUGUAGGUGAUGACGAUGGUGAUGAUUUGGAGAUUGAAGGAGAUUGUGCAAUGACUGAGUAUGUCAGUCAAACUGGCAUAAUUCAAGGGGAAAAUCCUGUGCCCCCUGCCGUCGGAAUGGAGUUCGAUUCUUACGAGGAUGUAUAUUACUUUUAUAAUUGCUAUGCUAAGGAACAAGGAUUUGGGGUUAGAGUGAGUAAUACAUGGUAUAGGAAGAGUAAGGAAAGAUACAGAGGAAAGCUUAGCUGCAGCAGUGCAGGAUUCAAAAAGAAAAGUGAAGCAAACCGCCCAAGACCAGAAACAAGAACUGGUUGCCCAGCAAUGAUAAAGUUCAGAUUAACGGACACCAAAAGAUGGAGAAUUAUUGAAGUUGAACUUGAGCAUAAUCACUUGAUCAGCCCCGCAAGUGGAAAAUUCUAUAAAUCUCACAAGAGCUUGGGUGUUGGAACCAAAAGAGCACCACAAUUAGAGGGCCCUGAAGAAGUUCAAAAAAUUAGGCUAUUUCGAACUGUGAUUAUUGAUACCGAGGCCAAUGGAAGCAUAGAUGUUGACGAAGUAGAAUCUGGAAGGAGUAGUGAUUGUUCCAAUCAGUUGAAGCUUAAAGCAGGAGAUUCCCAAGCCGUUCAAAAUUUCUUUUGUCACUCGCAGUUGAUGGAUCCAAAUUUCUUUUAUGUGGUGGAUCUAAACGAGAAGGGAUGCUUGAGGAACUUGUUCUGGGCUGAUGCAAAGGCACAGGUCGCGUAUAAUUAUUUUGGUGAUGUAGUUAGCGUUGAUGCUACAUGCUUCACAAAAGAGUAUGAAGUUCCUCUGGUUUCAUUUGUUGGAGUAAAUCACCAUGGACAAUCUGUUCUGUUAGGUUGCGGUUUACUUGCAGGCAAAACAAUUGAAUCAUAUACAUGGCUGUUUAGGGCGUUUCUUACAUGUAUGUCGGGACGCCCUCCACAAGUUAUCAUUACUGAUCAGUGUAGCACAUUGCAAACUGCUGUUGCUGACGUUUUCCCAAGAGCUUCUCAAUGUCUUUGUUUGUCGCGAAUAAUGCAAAAGCUUCCAGAAAAAUUGGGAGGCUUGUUCGAGUAUGAUGCAAUUAAAGCAGCUUUGAGUAGAGCAGUUUACUACUCUCUGAAGCCCGAGGAAUUUGAGGCGGCGUGGGAGGAUAUGAUCCAGCGUCAUGGAAUUGGGGAUCAGAAAUGGCUUCAAGCAUUAUAUGAAGAGAGGAAAAGGUGGGUUCCAGUUUAUUUGAAAGACAUAUUUUUGGCUGGUAUGAUUCCAAUCCAACCAGACGAGAUUGUUUCUUCCCUUUUUGAAGAAUUUCUGAACAAACAUACUCCUUUGAGAGAGUUCUUGGACAAGUAUGAUCAAGCUCUUGAGAAGCACUACCAACUUGAAUCCUUGGCAGAUUUGGAUUCAAAAAAUUCAUGUUCGAUGCUGAAGAGGAGAUACUAUUUCGAGGUGCAGCUCUCCAAAUUGUACACAAACGAAAUAUUACGAAACUUUGAGAGGGAAGUGGAGGGAAUGUACUCCUGUGUUUGCUCCAGACAGUUAAAUAUCGACGGGACAAUAGCAACAUAUGUAGUCAAGGAACAAAUAGAAGUCGACGGAAACAGGAGGGAGACAAGAGACUACGAAGUUCUGUAUAAUCCGCCCGAGAUCGAGGUCCUUUGCAUUUGCGGCACCUUUAACUUUAAAGGGUAUCUGUGCAGGCACGCGCUUUUGGUCCUCAGUCAAAAUGGCAUGGAGGAGAUUCCGCCCCAGUACAUUAUCUCGCGGUGGAGAAAAGAUAUCGUGCGAAAUUAUGUUCUUAACAACAGUUGCAGAGGAAUUGAUGUUAAUAACCCCGUUUAUAGGUACGAUCAUUUGUACAAAUGCAUUGUGCAAGUAGUGGAGGAAGGGAGGAAAUCACAGGACCGUUACAAGGUUGUAGUACAGGCAUUGGAUGGGAUUUUGAACAAGCUUCGUCUUUCAGAAGAUCACGUAGAGGCUAACAUAAUGUAAUGUAUUUUGUAUAUAUAAUUUUAAGGACCUUUUUAGCUAGAAAAAUGUGUCUAUGGAUAUAAUACGAUCUAUUGUUUUUA